AUGCCUGGCAGCAGACAAGGAGAUGAGGAUGUCAAUCCAGAGGCCAGAUCUGGUGCUGAGGCCAGAAGGCAGCUGGUCAGGGACAGCCCAGGAGCAGAUUCUGCAGCCGCUGUUCCACCGCUGCUCCACCAGUGUUCCACCAACGGCCGCAGGAGUAGGAGACAACGACAGUUGCUACGGGCACAGCCCAACAUUCCAUGCAGAACCCCAGGGGACCCAGGGGACAGAAACAGGGAUAGGCCACAUUUGCCUCUGUUACUUCUUCUGAUGCAAGUUUGCUCUGAGGACCUUCCCACUGGGGCAUUUCUCAUCAGUCCUCUGGGCGGGGAAAAGCAGUGCAGAGACAGCUCUGGGUCUUCUCCGUGCUUCUCUGUAACGUGCCUCCAGCUGAACAUGCUCAGGAGCCUGGCUCUGUCAAAGGGCCCAUACCACAUUGCCUGCACUGGAGAACCAGAAGGACUCCUGCUGGCUCUGAACCAGAAGGCUCUCCUCCGGUUGAGAAAUGCUCCCAGCUUUGCUGAUGGAUUGGUCUUGGCCAGGAGUGGGUUCAUCUCAAAGUCAGCUGGAACUGGCUCCAUCAAACAUGGUGAAGCUUCUGGCAGCUUUUCACUGAAGCCACACCUGUAGUUCCCCACAUGAAUUGCAGCCAGAGGAUCAUCAGGCCUUUUCUUUGCCCUAGGGAAGCCAUGAGUUUUGUUCCGGAGAGCAAGAGCCACCACAGAAAACUGUCUGCAGGUUUUUUUUUGUCAGAAAACUCUUAAAGAAUAAAAAUUACACAUUUUGA